ACCACAAGCUGUUCGAUUAGAAUCCCACCGUAGCGGGUUAGCAAGGUCAACAAAAUAUUGUCGAGAAAUGGGCGAUAAUCUGGGUAAGCAUGGACACACGAAGGAUUGGGGUGCGUUCGUGAGGAUCCCGGUUAUUAUCAGCAGAACGAAUUAAACCGAUCCGAAGCGCAUACUGCUGAUGAGUUGCUACAGUUACCUCUCAGUCGCCGACUAGAUCAGUGUAGAUCGACCAAAGCCAAGAUCAACAAGAACCGUGCCUACUUAGUUAGCUGUACGGCGAGAAAAAAAAAAGAUGAGCAAAGAAAAGGUUCUGUUAGCAUACUCGGGUGGUUUGGACACGAGCUGUAUCCUGAAAUGGUUGCUCGAGCAAGACUACGAGGUGAUCUGCUUUAUGGCCGACGUUGGUCAAACGGAAGACUUUGCAGCGGCACGUGAAAAAGCACUCAAAAUCGGUGCCUCCGAUGUGGUGGUGAAGGACAUGAAGGAUUUCUUCGUGGAAAAAUUUGUCUGGCCAGCGGUGCAGAUGGGAUUAAUCUACGAGGAUCGCUACCUCCUCGGAACCUCACUGGCACGGCCCUGCAUCUCCAAAGGUUUGAUGGAUGUUGCGGCACAGCGAGGCUGCAGCUUCAUUUCGCACGGUGCCACGGGGAAAGGUAACGAUCAGAUCCGCUUCGAGCUGAGCUGUUAUGCGCUGAAUCCAACGAUUCGUGUCAUAGCACCAUGGCGCAUGGAAACGUUCUGUCAACGUUUUCAGGGGCGUUCAGAUUUGCUGGAGUAUGCGAAGCGAUUCAACAUACCGGUGAGUGCCACCCCGAAGGCACCCUGGUCAAUGGAUGCUAACAUUAUGCACAUCAGCUACGAAUCGGGCAUCUUGGAGGAUCCAUCCGUGGCAGCACCGGAGGAGAUCUAUCAGCUAACCCAAUCUCCGACCCGUGCACCGGACGCACCGACCGUUGCUGAGAUUGUGUUUAAAGCAGGAUUGCCGGUGCGCGUUACGGAGCUAGUUAGUGGUCGUACGAUGGAGAAACCGUUGGACAUUCUUGCCUUCCUGAACAAAGCCGGUGGUGAGCAUGGUGUAGGGCGCAUCGAUAUUGUCGAAAAUCGAUACAUCGGAUUGAAAUCACGCGGUGUCUAUGAAACACCCGGUGUAACAGUGCUUCACUGUGCCCAUCGGGAUCUGGAGAUCUACUGUCUGGACCGUGAAGUGCUGCGGGUGAAAAAGUAUCUCGCUGAUCGGAUGGCAGAUUACGUGUACAACGGAUACUGGUAUGCGCCCGAAGCCGAAUACGUACGCAAGUGUAUCCUAGAGUCGCAGAAGAACGUGUCCGGAAAGGUCGUAGUUGAAAUGUUUAAGGGUCACGUAAUGGUCACAUCUCGAGAGUCGAUAAAUUCCGUGUACAACCAAGAACUGGCAUCUAUGGAAGUGCAUGGUAAUUUUUCGCCCUACUCAUCGACAGGUUUCAUUGAGAUUAAUGCUGUCCGAUUAAGAGAACAUCAUCGAGUGUUUGGAACGGCCAACAUGACCAAACAUUUCUCCCGUACGGAAUCGGACAUGAAACUCAUCUAAAGCACGCGAUGUGUAAGAUGGUCAUUGAUGCAUACUAAACAACGAUUUUCUUUGAUUUUAUUUUGAAUUACAUCUUCUAAUAAAAGGUUUAAGUUUUCAAUACAGCAA